UUUCAACCCGCUGGCAUCAUCAGAUCACCAGAGCCGAGCAGCGCAUCGCAUUUCAUAUCUGCUAGCCCGACCACCCUUCGUCCGCCUAUCGAGGCCUUCAGUGCACCCUCCUUGCCUGUCCAGCUCUGUCGAUUUCCCCGAUACCGUGAAAUCCUCCGAGGAAAUGCCCACACGAAGACCUUGAGAACCUGCACUCUGGGAGCCUCCCACCACCAUCGCCAUGGAUGUCGUACAGGCCGUGUCUGGGUACAUCUCCAAGAUGGUCUCUGCUGGAGACAGCGCAUCGGGAACUCCGUCGGCAAAGAUGAAGAUCUUGUUGCUGGAUCGCGAUACCGUCUCGAUCGUUUCUACGGCCAUCACACAGUCGGCUUUGCUGAAUCAUGAGGUUUACCUGAUCGAUAGAUUGGACAAUCAGAACAGGGAGAAGAUGCGGCACCUCCGGUGCCUCUGUUUUGUGCGGCCUUCAGCGGAUUCCAUCCAGUUUCUCAUUGAUGAAUUCCGAGAACCCAAGUAUGGGGAAUACAACAUAUAUUUCAGCAAUGUUGUGAAGAAGUCUUCCCUGGAGCGGCUGGCCGAGGCAGAUGAUCAUGAAGUAGUCAGGGCGGUGCAGGAGCACUUUGCGGACUACAUUGUCGUCAAUCCGGAUCUCUUUACCCUUGAUUUGGGAUUUCCGAGGCAGCGGAUAUGGAGUUCGAACCCGGACAUGUGGAACCCCGAUGCCUUGCAACGAACAACUGAGGGUAUCAUUGGAGUGCUACUCUCGUUGAAGAAGAAGCCUCUGAUCAGAUAUGAGAAGAACAGUUUAUUGGCCAAGAAAUUGGCGACCGAAGUGCGUUACCAGCUUACGCAGGAAGACCAACUCUUCGAUUUCAGAAAGGUCGAUACUCCUCCGAUACUCCUAAUACUGGAUCGAAGAGAUGAUCCCAUAACACCCCUCUUAACACAGUGGACAUACCAGGCAAUGGUCCAUGAACUUUUGGGUAUUCAGAAUGGUCGUGUGGACUUGAGCGACGUUCCAGACGUGCGGCCAGAGUUGAAAGAAGUGGUCCUGUCCCAAGAUCAAGACCCUUUCUUCAAAAAGAACAUGUACCUCAACUUCGGAGAUCUUGGAGGAAACAUUAAAGAUUAUGUUGAGCAAUACCAGUCAAAGACGAAGAACAGCUCCAAUAUCGAGUCGAUAGCCGACAUGAAACGCUUUAUUGAAGAGUACCCGGAAUUUAGAAAGCUUUCCGGCAACGUGAGCAAGCACGUUACCUUGGUUGGAGAAUUAAGUCGGAAGGUCGGCGCAGAAAACCUGCUCGAGGUCAGUGAGGUAGAGCAGUGUUUAGCAUGUAAUGAUAAUCACACCAAUGAUCUCAAAAAUGUUCAGCGGCUCAUUCAAUCGCCAGCAGUAACACCAGACUCGAAGCUCCGUCUCGUUGCCCUCUAUUCAUUACGAUAUGGCAAGCACCCAUCCAAUGCUUUACCGUUACUUGUCGACUUACUGAGCGCGGCUGGGAAUGUUCCGCAAAGACGCAUCGACCUUAUUGCAAAGCUUCUCACCUACCACUCUUCCUUGCAACAAACUCAGGUCGCUGGUGGCAUUUCCGACAUGUUUGAAUCGGCGGGGAUUUUCUCCGGGGCUCGUGAUCGCUUUAAGGGUCUGAAAGGGGUGGAGAACGUUUACACGCAACAUUCGCCCCGAUUAGAACUAACGUUACAAAAUCUCAUUAAAGGGCGCCUGCGAGAACAGCAGUAUCCGUUUGUGGAAGGCGGUGGAUCCACUCGAGAUAAGCCACAAGAUACUAUACUCUUUAUUGUGGGUGGCGUCACCUUUGAAGAAGCGAAAACUGUCUCUCAGAUUAAUGCCUCGUCUCCAGGCAUUCGAAUUGUUCUCGGAGGGACAACGGUCCAUAACAGCACAACAUUCCUGGAAGAAAUGGAAGACGCGGUAUCAACUUGGCCAGAGCCCCCACCAUCCACAGCAUCAGGCAGGUUAAGAAUGGAGACAGGUCGACAGUGAUCGAAACCCGCGGGGAAUAGUGUUAGAAGACAGGAGGACCGCGGAGGAAAUUACGCCCGGACCAGACCAGCCAGUCCGCAGAUAUUUUCAGCGAUAUUCGGAUUUGUCGUGGCGACAAAGCAACUCAGGCCGAGUUCUCAAUUAGGCAACAUGAAGGAAAAUUUGCAUGUGGCCUGGUCGUUGGCAGCAGUUCCCGGUGAGCAAUGCAUUUGGAAUACCGUGCCCAGCGUUUCGCCAUCAGUAUGUAUUUCGAUGGGAUUCAGCUACCUAGCGGUGAUGGAAUUUUAGGCUAAUACAAGGGUUCCAUACUCCACUGCGUUUCUCGACU